AUGGGCUGUGUCCCGACGGGGUCUCUGCUCUUAUGGCAGAGACCCACUUCAAUCAAUAGCCAGGAGGGACAACAAGGAUUACCACUUCUCAGUGAGACGAGAGAUGCAAGAGUCGACACUCAGUUCACUGGUCUGCUAACCCAGAAUGUGAAGGGCCUCGGAGCCUCGACUACAGAUCGAGAUGCGUGGUUUCGAUCUCUGAGACAGAGCUACGCUUGUCCACUUACAAGAAACCACGUUGAGGACUCGGAUUUUGACUUUUAUCGCAAUCUGCAUGACGCUGGAUGGGGCUUCCGCGUAGGACCAAGCUGCCCAUUUUUAUCCUACUGGUUACCGGUGGUUGGUAAGAAGACUGGCGUCGGAGUUCUUGUUAACCCGUACGGAGACCUUGGCGAUACUCACUCAAUGUUUGAGUCCAGGUGGAAUUCUCACUUCAUGGCAGUGACCGGACAACUCCACGGCCGCGUCAUAAUAGCGGUUAAUAUUUAUGCCCCUCACAAAGCUCCAGCGCAGAAAGCUUUCUUCCGAGAGCUAGCGGACUUGGAAUUCCCCCCAGACGUUCUCCUGGCGGUUGGCCAAAGAGUGCGAAUCAUGAUUCUCUGCGGAUUCUCUUGGACACAUGGGGACUUAUUGACCCAAUCGAAGAGGCCUGGCCCGGCACAUGGGCAGCGGGGUAACUGCGAAGGCAUCAUCAAGACACGCACAUAUACCGCUACGCUGUUCCUGGCCAUGGAGAGGCUUCCUCUCGACUUGAUCGCUGGUACGUCAAUGCUGAACUUCAUUUCUGGGCUGAGGACAUAA